CUACGAGCGUCUGGGUUCAAACGGCGACUGAUUCGGAGUCCGGACGAGGGAGAAACGAAGCUUUGAACAGGGGUGGAGGAAGAAUUACGGGCAGGAGAAUUACGACAGUAAUUUACCCUCCCAUGCCCGUAAUUUCACUGCCGAGAGGAGCUUUGGAUGCGCUGAAACUUAACCAAAACGCGUGUUUUGGGAAAAAUACGGGCAUGGAAGAAUUACGACCGUAAUUCAGCCCGUAAUUCGCCCAGAAUCGGGUUUUUGAGGCAGAUUAGAGCCAAAGGAAAGGGAGUGCUGGGUUUUGGGGAUCCCAAACACCCAAGGGACGAACCCUAGAGAGAGAGAGCGACUUGGGAACAUUCUUGGAGCUAUUUUGGAGGAUUUCUUCGCCAUUGGAGCUCGGGAAUCAAGCUUGGAGAUGGAGAUUGAAGAUCUAGAUCAGAUUUCUGCAGUCUCUCUCUUCUCUAUGGAGUAACUUCCCUUCACUUAGGUUUUGAGGAACCUUAGUUCCAUGAGUUAGGAUCUUUCUUGUAUGAAGUUUUGGAUGCUAUAUUGUUUGAUUUUAAUCGAAUGAUGCAUGUUUAUUGAGUCAAUUGAAGUCUGAUCAACUUUUCCUGAUUUCUGCUGCAACCUGAGAUAGAUAGAAUCUGAUUAGGUUGUUAGAGUCUCAUCAUUCGGUAGUAGGAGAUUGACUAUAUGAGAGUUAGUCAGUUAACUGCUUUGUACUGGAAUCCAAUUCCAGUAGUGGAGUUCUGUGCUUAUUGCUUCAGCUUUCUAUCCCGGUGAAGACUAGUCGUCUGCCGGAUAGUUAGACUGAGAGGGCUUGGUCAGCUUAAGAGAUUCCAAACUACUGUCGGAUCUUCCGCAGUUUAAUCAACAGUAAAACAACCAAAAGGAAUUACAACUUGGACCUAAUUGAGGAGCUAGGGAGAAUCAUACCUAAGUGAGUUCCCAAACUGUAAUUAAUAGUUUUACUUAGUUUAGUUAGUAGAGUAGUUUAGUUAAUCAAUCCUUAAUCUAGUUUGCUAGAUAAUGAACUGAAGCUGAGUAAUAGUAACUCUAGAGACCCGUGGAUUUGAUAUUUAUUACUUGUGCCACUAUACUGCAGUCCCUUUCAUUGGUUACACUUGGCCAUUGUUAGGUGUUGUGUUUUAGAGCAUCAAGUGCCAAUGGGCCUUAAGAAUCUGGAGAGGGACGGAAGUAGCAGGAGUUUUUUAGCUGAUGGGGGCUGGGACAUUUUAUGAGUGGAUGGAGGCUGCGUUGGAUCAGCGAAAUGUGAAUGAGGUGGAAGAAUGGUGCGCUUUACUAUGGUAUCUCUGGAAGGAACGUAACGCUCACCUUUUUAAUGGAGCAAAGCUACCCGAGGAGGAGAUAUCGAUGCGUGCUAAGCUUCUACUAGAAGACUACAAGCAGAACCAGCAACGCAAGAAGGAGCACAGCCCACAACCUGUUCGGCAAGGGUGGCGAAAACCAGCAGAUGGGGAGACUUCGGUAUUUACGGACGCGGGGAUCCUUGCAGAUGGCGGGGCCGGAUUAGGGGUGGUGAUACGGGAUUCUGAAGGGAGGUUCAUAAUGGCCGCAGCUAAACGGAUUUUAGGAAGGUGGGAGGCUGAGGUAGCAGAGGCAAUGGCAGCAGAGUUUGGGGUUCAAUUGGGGGUACAAUUCAGGUUGCCUAAUGUUAAGGUAGAGACCGAUUGUUUGUCAAUUGUUCACAAGCUCCAGAAUCCGACAGUUGUUAUGGAUGAGACAUGAGUAUUAUGCCGAAGCAUUUGUAGACUCUUGGAGGCCACGAGCAAUGGUAGAUGUUCGUAUACGAACAGGGAAGCAAAUCAAGUAGCCCAUGCUAUGGCACAUGUGGAUUUACGUUGGAAUGAGAGAUUUGUAUGGCUGGAUACGCCACCGAGUUUCAUUAUUAAUCAGCUGCAGCUGGAUAGUAUAACCGCGAUGUCUGAUUAAUAAAAUCCGAUCACAAGUUGACGGUAAAAAAAAAUAAUAAAUACAAUCGCUUUUGUGAUGGUAAUACUAUUUACCAACACACCAACUGUGAUGUUCGAUUGACCGCAGCUGCAAAAUCAUAUUUAAGAUUUGGCACGGCUAACCACUCAAAGACCGAACAAAUGACAGACAGAGGCGGGAGGCGGACUGAUAGAGGUGGAACACGAACUGGCAUGUGGGAAACUCAAAAUUUAAGGGUUUUCAUAAAGAUGGAAGGAGAAAAGUAUCAUCAUGGAUGGACUACAAAUUUGUUGAUAAUGAUCGUAUUUAGUAAGGUUGUUAUCAACUUUCUUCUUCAACAUUUCUUCUAAAGUAAAUUUUAUGUUUGGUGCGUUCUAAACAUAAUGAGAGAAUCAAUAUAUUCCAAAUACAGGAUUAAUUGCAUGGUUGGUCAGUGUAAUUACCAAAAACGUUUAUGUUUGGUCACUCGAAAUAUUUAAAUCCAUUCGUGGUCACUAAAAUUAGUAAAAUCUUCCAAGUUUAGUCACUCUCUGUUAGUUUCUGUCCGUCUCCGUCAACCAAGACCGUUAUAUGCUGACGUGACAGACAAAAUCGCCUAAUCAAUCUAAUUUAACCCAAAAAUCGUGAAAUCUGGCCGCCAUAUCACUAUAACCGGCCAUAUCAUUUUGUCUAUCCCAACUCAACCCUUGAACCAAACCGACCUACCUACCCAUGAACCGACCACUCAAACAAAAUAAGAGUUUAUCCCUUUUUCCUUUCUAGAUCUGAACUCUAGUUCUCAUUUUUCUUGCAUUCCCUUCAACAACCAGGUCUGAAUGGAGCUUGAAUGGGUCGCCGCAACAAUCGCACCCCCAUCUUCUAUCUCUCUCGCCUGCUCCUCCUCCUCCGCUGCUCCGCUACGGAUUCCUACCUGUUUGUUAAUGACUGCGCCAGCCUGGAAGUUGUGCUUCACUGCUCACUCAGCUGUCGUGUGGAAUCGAGCUCGAAUCCCCACUUCCAAUUUUUGAAACCUAUCUGUCGCCUCACGCCAAUUGAGAAACAAAGAGAGAAAAAGCUUUCCUAUUUCUGCUCUCCUUUCUUCUUUAUUUCCUCCUUUCGUUACUCUCCACCUCGGUCGCCGAUCUAGAUCUAGGCAAGAAGACGGUGGUGGUGGGAAAUAAAGAAAAGAUGGAGGGGAGAUGUGACCCAGGCAAGAAGACGGUGGUGGUGGUGCUGAUCUGUAUGAGUGUCUGCCUGCCGCAAUGCCCCACCGGCGGUGAGCGGCGGGGAUGAUCUAGCUGCCUUUCAAUGUGUCGUGAUCGUAGUAAUAAUACAGGGAGUGUUCGAUUCUGGAUUUGAUUUUUCAGUUUUGAUUUCGAUUGAUAGUUACUGCUGCCAAGGAGGGUUUCACUUUCUAGAGAGGAAAACAAACCGCGUAUGAAGAGAGAGAGGGGAGAUUCGUGCAGACAAGAAACAAAAAAGAGAGAGAGAAAAAGAUCUUUAAUAAAAAAUUAGGUUAAUUUGCCUGACAUGGUGGGUCAGAUUAUAUGAUGUGGCAGGUUAAACUGUGUGACCAGACAUGUCUGUUAGCCACGUCAGCAGAAAACUGACGCCGUUAACGGAGACGGACGCAGACUAACGGAAAGUGACUAAACUUGGAUGGUUUUACUAAUGUUAGUGACCACGAAUGGAUUUAAAUAUUUCGAGUGAUCAAACAUCAACGUUUUUUGUAAUCAUAGUGACCAAUCACACAAUUAACCCUCCAAAUACAAAUACCAAGAAUAU